AAGUUUUUUGACAUAAAGAACUUCAUUGUACACCAGAGGUGUUUAUUGUUGGACGAAGCUCAGUGUGUUGUCUGGGUGUGUGUCAUGUCACCCUGAGUCAGAGAUGUUGACUGUCUGUUUUUAAAGACAUAACACUUGUUUCCAGCCACUAAAGGAACAGUGAGACUCGGCCAUGGACAUCCUGCGGCUCACCAUCAUGCUGCUCCUGAGCGGUUUCUCAGCUUUAUCAGCCUACGAUGACACCUGGUCCAUUCAGGUUUCCCCGGAGGUACGGACCAUCGAGGGUUACCCUGCAGUGCUGCCCUGCUCCUUCACACACCCUACACACACUCUGCACUCCUCUAUGAACGUGGUGUGGCGUCUGGGCCACACACGCACCAGCACCGUGCUCUUCCGUUGCUCCAGCCUCAACGGCAGCCAGCAGUGUGACACAGGACCGGACCAGGACCAGCGAUAUCGGCUGGAGGGAAACCACAGAGAGCACGACCUGACCCUGCGCAUCAGCAGCACCGGCCUACAGGACAACGGCCGCUACUACUGCAGCGUCGAGCUGCCCGACCAACCGCACGCCAACUACGAGAACAAAAUGGGCACUCGGCUCCGAGUGGAAGCUCCACCACGGAUCUUAAGCCUGUCCAUAGCCGGCAGCGUAGACACAAAACUCAAAGCCCUGUGUCAUGUCCAGGGCUCUCCGUUACCUGACGUCCAGUGGACAGGUCUAGAUGAAGUUCUCGACUCGGAUAACGAAGUAGUCCCGCUCCAACAGGAAGCUCCGGAUCGCCACAGAACCACCAGCCACCUCCUGGACAUCCAGCCAGGGGGUCAGUACACCUGUACCGCGUCUAACCCUCUCGGCAAUGACCAGGCGACGGUCUACAUUCUGCCUCCGAGUCCAGAAAAGUCCAAGAACAACAGCAGCCGAGAUGAUGCUCUAACUGUACCGCUGCUGCUUGGGAUAACGUUUGCGGUUAAAUUCCUCCUCUUCCUGGGAGGUCUGGGAGGUUUGUUUAUUAAAUGUCAUGUUGAGUCCAAAAGUCUGAGUCAAACGUCCAAAUGAUGACCGAUCAGCUACUUGAUUAACCCUCUGGAGUCGAUGAACACGUCUAUGCGCUUUGUGGCAUAAUCUACUGUUAAGGCCGAAAUGAACUUCAGUUUCAAUCUGCACAGACACAUAAAUAAAACAACCCGAAUCUCAGCGAAUACUUGCCUCAAAUACAAGAUAACUAUAUGCAUAGAAAGCUUGAAAUGUCUAUUUUUAAAUAAAUAAUAAUUAAAAAAACAAAUAAUCUAUUUUUAUGUAAUCCGUAAGAAAGUAAGGAGUGGUCCGGUGAUUCAGGUGACCACGUACUGUACACACCCCGAGACACAGGGACGACUCAGUACAUGAAAUACGGACCUGUGUGUUUGGAAACGCCUUGGAAAUGCCAGGCAUGUGAUGUUCACGUGUGUGUUCAGCUGAAUAGGAACUGUUUCCUAGAGUGGCACAAAGAUGUAUAACUAUAAUUCUGGGUGCUAUGUGACAGAGUAGGUCAGUGGGGCUUCUACAAACCUCACACCCUUUUGUAUCUUGCACUCUUCCUGUUGAUACCUUUUUUGUUGCACAGUUUUGCCCUGAUUGUGUCGUCUGUGUUAUUACUAACUUCUAAAGUGAUUUUGUGUGAUAGUUAAAUAUUCUAAAUAAACUACAAACAAAAAAUAUACACAUUUAUUUUGUCCUCACGUUCUUU